UUUGUUGCCUCGGCCUCGCGAUACCACCACGCUCUCUGUCCGCCAUAUAUAUCUGGGUGGCCAAAUUUUUCCACUCUUAUACUGUGUGACUAGUUUGGAACAGCUAACAGUGGAAAAUGUCUCAGUACUCAGGAAAGAUUGUGUUCUAUGAGGGGAAAUGUUUCACCGGGAGGAAACUGGAGAUCUGCAGCGACUGUGACAACUUCCAGGACCGUGGCUUCAUGAACAGGGUCAACUCUAUCCGUGUGGAGAGCGGGGCCUUCGUCUGCUUUGACCACCCAGACUUCAAGGGCCAACAGUACAUUCUGGAGCAUGGAGAGUACCCUGAAUUCCAGCGCUGGAAUGCCCAUAAUGAUCACAUGGGCUCCUGCAGGCCAAUCAGGAUGCAUGGAGAGCACUACAGGAUGGAGCUGUUCGAGGGAGACAACUUUUCCGGACAGUGUGUGGAGCUGUGCGACGACUGUCCAUUCCUGCAGGCACGAGGCCUGACCAAGAAUGUUGUUAACUCCAUCAAGGUUUAUGGAGACGGAGGCUGGGUGUUGUAUGAGGAGCCUAACUACCGUGGCCGCAUGUACGUCGUGGAGAGAGGAAACUACAGCACCCACAUGGAGUGGCAGGCGGAGAACCCCAACAUCCAGUCUGUUCGCAGGGUGGCAAACUACUUCUAAACCAUGUCGGUUGGCAAUGUGACUGAAGGAAUGAGAUCAUCUGCUGAGGAAAAACGCGCCACCACUCUGUCUAGUAAUCUCAUGCUGACUUUGUGGGGCUGUAAAAUAAUAAAAGCUGAAGAAAAUGUUUGA